UGGACCUCUAGCUUGCUCAAUCGAUGAGUUUUGAAGAGGCUAGGAUAGAGGACGCGAGGAGAAAUCAAUUGAGAUUCUCCCAUAGAAUAUGAUUUGUUCUGUGCGUUCGAGUUCUACGUUGGGCGUUUUGUAACGUCGCACCUUGCCCCAGGAAUGGAAUGUCUUCAGCCCCGCAACUGCCAUACAUUGACUGUUCGGCUAGGGCUCUGCGAGAUAUUGAAGCUGAGCGAGUGUAUAAUUUAAAGUUUCCUACGCGAUUUGUUAUUGUAAUGAUUAAUGCUUAAAUACUUUUAUUGCGACAACUGUUUACUCGUACUACUUGGUAUUUUUUUGGUUGUUGUGAAGAAACGGGGAGGAUUCAACUUAAGCGAAUCCGGAGGUCCAUUUUGUUAUUUUUGCGAACCAAGCUGUUUUUUCCACUGAAGCUUUUAUGGUGUUAGCGGACAUAUAGCUCGUUGGCUUUGUUGCGUUUGCUAAAAUACACGGCGAAUGAAGAUUGAACAAAACAAACCACGACAAGACAUAUCAAUAUAAGUGUUAGCUAUAUGCAUAUUAUAUUUAGCUAGUACGUAAGCUAACGUGACCUAGCUAGCUACUACAGGCUGAAAGCUAGCAACAGUGAUGAAUCAUUUUGAGCGACAGCCUUUGAAGAAUUAAGCGAGGACCAUUCAAAUGGUUGAGGUUUGUAGCUAGUUCAUCAACAAAGAGAGAACGAAAUUAAAUCAGAUAACUAAUAACGUUAGGCUACCCCUGUCGAAAGAUCUACACCUGGACAAACAUAUUAGUUAGCUAACGCCAACUGCAUCACCAAUUUUGGGACAAGAGCUAACUAGCUAUCUGGUCAACUCGUGCGAUUCUUGGCUAGAUUCAAGGUUGCAAAUACGGACAAAGAGAGGAACAACGUAAGCCAAUAUUUUUGUGUCAGCAUUUAGAAUCUUCCUCAUUCAUCGUAUUUGGAAAGGAAAACAAUAAACAAGGAAUUGACAUGAUGUUUCCACAAUCCAGACAUUCAGCUUCAUCGCAGCAGCUGAAAUUCACGACCUCUGACUCGUGUGACCGAAUCAAGGAUGAGUUCCAGUUCCUCCAAGCACAAUACCACAGUUUGAAACUAGAGUGUGACAAGCUGGCAAGUGAGAAGUCUGAGAUGCAGCGUCAUUAUAUCAUGUACUAUGAGAUGUCCUAUGGGCUGAACAUCGAAAUGCACAAGCAGGCUGAGAUUGUGAAGAGAUUAAACGGGAUUUGUGCCCAGGUCCUCCCUUAUCUGUCCCAGGAGCACCAGCAGCAGGUCCUGGGGGCCAUCGAGAGGGCCAAGCAGGUCACCCCUCCAGAGAUGAACUCCAUCAUCCGGCAGCAGCUCCAGGCUCACCAGCUGUCCCAGCUCCAGGGUCUGGCCCUGCCCAUGACCCCCAUGCCCCUGGGCCUGAGCCAGUCCACCCUGCCGGCCGUCACCUCCUCCUCAGGCCUCUUCUCCCUCUCCUCCAUCCUUGCCUCGCAGGCCCAGCUGGCCAAGGAAGAGAAGGCGUCCCGUGAGGGAGCCGACAACCACCGUGAGGAGGACGGGGACAAGUCCGACUAGAGCUCCCUCUCUUUCUCCCUCCACCGCAUAUCAGCAGCAUCGGAGGGCUGUGGUCCUGUAUACCUGCUAUGUAUCCAUGCCAGCCUUCCUCCUCUCCCCUACGCCCUUCUCCCUAAUCGUCCUACUUAUAUUUGCCAUGCUUGGUUUUUAAUUCUACUCUAUUUUUCUCCCGCUCUCUCGUCCUAUCUGAUGCUUUUGCCGUCAUUCCAACUGUGUACACUGUUGAGAUUAUUAUUAUUAUUAUUUUAUUUUUUUAACAAUUUCAUCAGAUAUUGCUUGAUUUCUUUUUGUUAAUUGUGUAUUCUUGUCACGGACCACCAACCUUUUUUACAACCAAAUCUCUGUUUUUGAUGUAAAUAGCAUGUUGUAUAAGGGUCCAGACACCUUUUUUGUGAUUUCAAAUGUUUUUGAGAAAGAAAGCUGUUAGUGUAGUGAUGCCGGUCUUUAGAUGUUGUACACAUGAAAUUGUCAUUCCAAACUUUAUCCUCAACGUUAUAUUCUAUUUUGUUGCGACUCAAGCUAUAUCUCUCCGUCCAUUCUACAUGUAACUGCCAAAAGAAAGAAAACACUUGAUUAAAUGAAGGAUACAAAGUGUUUUGAAAGCAUGAGGUGCUUCCACACAGGAAGUUCCAGACUCUUGUAGAAUCUAUGCCAAGGCGCAUUGAGGCUGUUCUGGCGACCAUGGUGGCCCAAUGCCCUAUUAAGACGCUUUGUGUUGGUGUUUUUCUUAUUUUGGCAGUUACAUGCAGCAAGCUACACGGAAAAUGGAACAGCUGGAUAGGGGAAACUACUUGAGUCGCCAAAAGGGAAUAUAACAUUCUGGAUAAAGUUCGGAAUGACACAAUUUCAUGUGUACAGCAUCUAAAGCCCUGCAUCACUACUACGAGCUUUGCUGUUUCUACAAAUACAUAUUUGUGUGUUUUUGGAACCUUUGUUUGUGUUUUUUGGGGGCCCCAUACUACACGACAAGGACAAAGAAUUGAUAUGCUGUUUGGGUUAAGUUUCUCAAACUUGAAAUCACAAAAGAUUCUGGACUGUACUAUAACAUGCCAUUUACAUCAAUAAUAGACAUUUGGUUGUAUUAAAAAAAAAAGAAAAACUUCUCCUUUAAUCACUCUCUCCUCCCCUCCAUUUUGCUAAUUUGUGUUCUUUCUGUCUCUCAUAAGUGGAUAUUUGUUUGCACGCCACUGUCGCUGAGCGGCUCCUUCCUCCCUUUUUAACCAGGGCCCAUCUGGGACCCUGAAUGUCACACAGUAUAAUUGGAAUAACAAACCAGAAGAGAUCCAACAGACAGGCUCGCGUUACACAGCUCUCUAGCCUCUGUUGUGUCAACUUGAUUCGAUCGGUUGGUGUACACGACUUUGUUGCUUGCUUACGAUGAGCUACAUCUUAGAUGAGCUACAUCGAAACCGGUCUAUGGACGUCUGAAUCCUAACUUGAUAAUCCUGCGUUGAUAGUUGGGUGCACUUCGAUUUUCAGGUUAGUAAUCGCCCCCAAGUUGAAGGAGGGUAGUUGAAAGACGUCAGUCUUCUUGGGGAAUAGUGUAACUAGGUAAUUCCAGUCCCUGAUGGCUAUAGUUGGGAAAGAAGCAUUCCUGUCUUAAUGCCAUGUAAAGCUGUGCUCUUACGUAGUCAAACUCUAGUGCUGCUUUUAGUCGUUUUAAGAAAGUAGGACGUAUUGAAAAAAAUACCUCUAGAUAAGUAGAGAGAUGUAUAAUAAAAAUUGUAUAUGGGAAACGAAAAACACCUUAGAGCUACUUUCAUGCUGUUUCUCUUCAAGUCUGUGCUAUCAGUCCUCCAACAAAUCCACCCCCUAUGACACAUUCCCCAAAGAACCCGGUCUAACCCACUGAGCUGCUUUAGACAUAUCCACACACAGCAGCUUCCAUGAAAGGCAUGCUAUCAGUACUAUAAUAACAGUCCGAAUGUCCAGAUCGCAGCGAUGAUAACAUUGUGGAAAGUAGAAAAGACCUGCAGAUCUUUUUCUCCUUUCUGUAAAGUGCACUAAUAUUAUGUUUUGGCGGUGAUGCAGUAGAGGAGAGUGGUUGCCUCCAACACUAGAGGGCAGUAAGUGUUAUAGAAAGCAGCUCUGACGUCCAUUGAGUCACCUCUUUGAACAGGAGUCCUCCGGUCUAUUUUAGGAAACGGGUUGACAUCUCUGUCAACCCCUAUUGUUAGGCAGCGGCAUUGAACAUAUUAUGCAAAAUGUCCACUCAGCCCCGACUAUCUUUUUACUCAAAGAUGAAUCUCUGAAUAAGACAAAAUGAUACAUGAUUGAGCUUUCUCUUGUAUACAAUACAUUAACAGCACUCGCAUAUUUUGAUCUAUUGUCCAUGGCCAAUGAAUUGUUAGCGUAAUGUUUUUGAGCUGUUCUUUGAGUAGAUAAAGCACAAAUAGCCACUGUUUAAUGUGCAUUUACAAAAAUAUAUUUUUCCCAAACAUGUUUCUCACAACCUAUUGGAGAAACAGAGCGAGAAACGACAGCUUGAUACGAUAUUACCUGGACCCGUGAGUGGGCUGUAGGCGAGAACUGAAGCUGUACCUGGGCUUGAAGAAAUAAUGAUAUGAAUAUGAUGAUCUCCUCUGAUUCCCAGGAUCCUUUAUUUCAAAGUCCCAUUAACCAGCUCUGCAAACGUUAUGACAAUACGUUCGGUAAUCACCGAAAUAUGGCACUCCAUUUAGUAUGAUAUGUUACGUUUCGUAUGUAUUAAUUUGUGGAUGUCCAUCAUCCAUUUUGUAUGGUAUGAUAGGUUACAAAUUGCAAAUGUUUUGUUAAGAAUUCAAUUUGUUGUUGCUAAGGUUGGCUAGGUGGCUAACGUUAUCUAGUCUAGUGGUUAAGGUUGGGAGUUGCGUUAAAGGCUUAAGGAUGGGGGAAGUGUUGUCUCGCAUGCUAAGUAGCUAAAAAGUAGUUGCUAAAGUUGUCUGUGAUGAGAUUCGAACGCGUUAUCUUUUUGUUUGUUAGAUGUUCGCGUUAUACUCCCACCCCAACCAACCACCCACCCUCCUUCCCUUUGGCUUAAGUAACAUUGUUUUAUGUAACCAUACCAAACGUAACAUAUCAUACUAAUUUGAGUGUCCUGGAUUUAUGUUUACUAUGUUACGUCUAGUCUGAGACGGGCUGUUUUUGGAAGUACAUACUGUGUGUAAAUGCAGUAAUGACAAUAGUUGCUCCGCUAAACUCCAUAUUUUGGUGAGUUCCGAACAUAUGUUUUACAACGUUUGCAGAGCUGGUUAAGGGGACUUUGAGUUGAAGAAUCCUGGGCGUCGCAGGCAAUGUCAUCAUAUUCAUCAUCUCCCAGGUACUGGUUCGGGCUAGAACUAAGGUCUAGAACCUUGGGUUGAAUGUCCAGGCAGCCCUAGAGCUAUGGGGAAUAUAGAAGAUGUGUGUGAUGGUGACUGUGGUGGUUUUACUGUAAGAUUCAUUGGGAGGUAAUUGGUGUUAUUGUCUGACCAUUGUUUUGAUCCCAGCCUGUGAUACAGCAUGUGAUGUACUGUAUGUUUUUGUAUUUCCCUUAUAUUAAUAGACAUUCUCCGUUCUGUUUUUGGUGGGUUACACUGUGAGGGUAUAUAGAUCUGUGUAAAUUUCCUAGAUAACUCUGAGAUGAUUCCAUAGCCGUAUGUGAAUGCAUUCAUAAACCUCUGUAAUAUUAGAUUUGAACGUUGGUCAGUCAGUGGUGAACCUGGGAUUGACGUGUGGCUCUCUAAGCUUGUGAGCACAACUUACUCCUAUGGACUUAAACAGUAGUGAUAUGCAACGAGUGUGAGUAGCUAGAUGCACACAAACGCAUGUCUCUUGGGGAACUAUAUUCCUUUCUAUUAGCGAAGAAAUGUUUAAAAAAAAAUUGGUACACAUUCUCUGUGAUCAAUGCACUUGUUUGAAUAUUAUCGCUAUAAAAUAGAAUGAGAGUAAAAAGCUGUUAAAUUCUGAUACAAAUGAACUAUGUAUUUGUUUAGUAGGUGGGGACCAGUUUAUGUAUACAGUUAUACAUAUAAAGCUUUACGUGUAUAUGGCUGCAUCUUCUGUCUGUCCUGGAUGGUUCCUGUGCUAUGUCCUACAGUACUGAUGUGACACUAGAGGAACUGCAGUACUUUGACCUAUACCUGACCCAAUCGCUUGCCCUUUCCCCAAAGCGUGAAGCAUUGUAAGCAUUUUGAGCUUUGUAAAGGUCAUUUUUUAAAUACUUAUUUUGUGUAUAAUGUAAAACCUAAAGUGUGUACUUUGGCAACAAAAAAAAGUGUCAUGAAAUCAUAGCUUCAUUUAAACAAGGUGAAAUAUAAAAAGUAACACAUUUACUAUACAUAACUGAAAUGUUCUGCAGUAAGGAAGUACUUAUGGUGCCUUACAAAUAAAGUCAAUCAAAUCA